CCUUUGCUUGAUCAAGUUUGAGCACAAAAGGCAGAAUUUACCAGAGCUAGGACUGAUAAAAAGGACAAAAAUUGGUGGGUUCUUAAGAUCAAGAUUCAACCUUUCGAAUUCAAAGCAGGAGUUAGGUUUUGGCUUAUAAGGAAUCAAGUAUGAGUGAUACCAAGGAAAAUGUCGAUAUGGGACAAGGCGUUCUUGGUGCUUUGAACAAAGAAGACCAGCCCAUUAAUGCUGAAACUGAGGAGAAUCAUGAUAUUCCUUGCAAUGUACCAUUGGAGGAUGACUUUGUUCGGUCUGGAAAUGGGAGUGGAAACUCAACACUGGAGAGUGCUGAGAAUAUGAUUGUGGUUGAGAAUGUGGAACCACAUCCCAGUUCAAAUCAAGAUUCCCGUAGCUCUGUACCUGUAGAAAAAGAACCUGCUUCAGUUAAACCAGCUGUAGAAAUUCCAAUUGAUGUUAAAGCUGCAGGCAAUGAGGUUCCUGAUUCCAGAACAGGUAUUGAUGGUCAACAGGACACCUCUGCUUCUACCAAUCAUCUUGAAACUGCUGAACCCAUAAAAGAUGUUAAAAUGGAAAUUUUACCUGAAUCCCAUGAAAAAGCCACAAUGGAUGCCAAAACAGAAGCUGCCCUAGAAUUACCUCAAAGCACACUCAUUGGUGAUAUUGAUACCUCAUCUACAAAGCGUAAUGAAGUUGAAACUGAACCAGUUACGCCUUGCGCUGCAUCUUCUGAUGCAAAAAUGGAAAAGGAGAAGGUAGAAGAUUUGAAGAACAGGGUGGAUAAACCUGACUUGUGUGGAAAUAUGGUUAAUGGGAACACCAAUAUAAAGCACUCAUUUCUCUGGGAUGGUACAUCUGAUUGCAGCGAAGCGGGAACAGAAGAGGAGCAAUUGGCAUUUAUGAAGGAGCUGGAGAAUUUCUUUAAGGACAGAAGAAUGGAAUUUAAGCCUCCUAAAUUUUAUGGAGAGGGAUUGAAUUGUCUUAAGUUGUGGAGAGCUGUUAUUAGACUGGGUGGCUAUGAUAAGGUUACUUCAUGUAAAUUGUGGCGGCAAGUGGGCGAGUCCUUCAAACCCCCGAAGACAUGUACUACAGUUUCAUGGACAUUUCGAGGUUUCUAUGAGAAGGCACUUCUUGAUUAUGAAAGGCAUAAGGCAAAUAGUGGUGAGCUUAACAUACCUGUUGCUUCUCCCUCAGGGCCAAUGAAUGUAGAUAAUCAGGGUUCGGGAUCAGGUAGAGCACGGAGGGACGCAGCAGCCCGAGCUAUGCAGGGUUGGCACUCACAACGCCUUACUGGAAAUGGUGAAGUUGGUGAUGCUGUAAAUAAGGAUAAGAAUUCUGUUCCCAUGCAAAAACGUGAAAAACAGCUUAAAAGCCUUGGUUUGCUUAAACGUAAGAACCCUUAUGACGAACAAGUUGUCAAAGCAGCCCCUACCAAAGUAUCUAAACCACAAUUGGACACAGCAGUGGUUGAUAUUGGACCCCCAGCUGAUUGGGUUAAGAUCAACAUACAGAAAACUAAGGACUGUUUCGAGAUAUAUGCGUUAGUUCCUGGUUUUCUUCGUGAAGAGGUGCGUGUUCAGUCAGAUCCAGCCGGACGCCUGGUUAUAAGUGGCGAACCCGGAUAUGCUGAUAAUCCUUGGGGUGUCACUCCGUUCAAAAAGGUCGUCAGCUUGCCAUCAAGAAUUGACUCGCAUCACACAUCAGCUGUGGUCACUCUUCAUGGACAGUUGUUUGUUCGUGUUCCUUUUGAACAAUUGAACUAGCAUAUCAUAUCAACUCUGAAGGUGCCUAACUCUACCCAUUUCUCAGUCACUGGGGACGUUGGUUGUGGAGCCAAGCCAUCCAUUACAAUGCAAACGCUCUGCAGUUCAUGUCAUCAGUUUUGAAGAUGUUCAUCACCAGGUUACAGUGAAUCACUAGUUCUAGAAUUCUAUUCCCUUUACCCUUCCUUUGGUUCCUAAUGUAAAAUAUAGAAAUUAGAUGAAUUUUAUAAACUGAAGAUAUAUAUAUAUAUACAUACGCCCCCUGUAUUAAGUGGAGGUUUAUCAAGUGGCAUGUCCUUUCUAUGUAGCUGGUAUGUGAAAAGUCCUGAGACUCUUGACCAUUGUGGGGGAGGGUAGUGACCAUUGAUUCUUCCAUCAGAAAUGAAUUACUUCUUCGUAGUCAUGGCAACCACCAUCCUGCAUUAGCGGGUGCACUGUGUUGGGGCCAAAUGUCAAAGUGAGGCAGGUUUUACACCAUUAGCACAUGCCAAGGUUGUUCCGCUUUCGGUGUCCUUAAUGAUGGUGUUCCAGUUGGACCGGAAUCCACAAGUUGGAAUAUUGCAACAACGGUUUGAAAACGAUUCCACAACUUUGUCUUUUCGGAAAAAUUUCUUUGUGAUGGGUUGAUUAGACUUUUAUUUUAAAUUAACUGAAAGUGAAUUU